AACUAACGUUAAUUACAAUUCAGUUAGCGUUCGGAAUUGAGUUUCCCAGCCUUUAGUUAAGCAUCAAAUCAAUGCCACAAAUAUGAGUAUUAAUACAAUUCAGACGAAAGCCGUGGACAAGAAGCUGAUCCUCUAUGCGUUGGGCAUAUUUGUCACGUACUUCUACUUCGGUAUCCUUCAGGAGAAGAUAACCCGAAGCAAGUAUGGGUCGAGUGGUGAGCCCUUCCGGUGCACUGUGUCUCUGGUGUUCAUCCAGUGUCUCGUCAACGCAUUGUUCGCCAAAAUAAUGUUGAUGACGUUUAUGAAACAAGGAGUCGAUUCCACCACUAAGUGGUAUUACUUCUUCAGCUCGUCAUCCUAUUUGGCGGCAAUGGUUGCCUCCAAUAUGGCUCUUCAACACGUGAAUUAUCCGACACAAGUGGUCGGCAAGUCUUGUAAACCCAUUCCAGUGAUGAUAUUGGGUGUGCUCGUCGGCCGCAAACGAUACCCACUUCUCAAGUAUUUGUUUGUGUUUUUGAUUGUCUGUGGGGUCGGACUCUUCAUGUUUAAGGACAGCGCCGGUAAAUCGAGUGGCGCUUCGGCCUCCGCUUUGGGCGCCGGCGAGCUGUUGCUGAUAUUUUCAUUGGCGAUGGACGGACUGACCGGUGCUUUUCAGGAGAGAAUGAAGAAUGAAUAUAAGACCCAAUCGGGACAUAUGAUGCUACAGAUGAACGUCUGGUCCACUCUCACUCUCGGUCUCAUUCUCUUGGUUUCCGGGGAAAUAUGGACUUUCCUCGAGUUCGUGGGCCGCUAUCCAUACGUUAUCUACAAUAUAAUCUCAUUUUCAGUUCUCAGUGCUGUCGGACAGAUGUUUAUAUUCCUAAUUGUGGCCAACUUUGGACCCCUUCCCUGUUCUAUCACCACAACCACCCGUAAAUUCUUUACAGUUUUAGGUUCUGUUAUACUGUUUGGCAACUCCCUGUCCAAUCGGCAGUGGUUGGGAACUUCACUCGUAUUCAUAGGCUUAGCUUUGGAUGCUUUUUAUGGCAAAAAUAGUCCAAAACCAAAAUCCGUUAAAUGACAUGAAGUUAUAUAAUAUUUAUUAAUUAUUUAUUUUAAUUUAAAAUAAUAACAGAAUAUAUGAUAAAAAAGUAUAACAAAUCUCUAAAUCCCUGUAAACCGGUAUGAAAAUUAAUAUAAAAUUUUGCGUCUAUUUAA